GAAGGUUUGACUGACAGUUGCUAUUUCUAAAUCUCACUCACGGUUGUCUGUACGGUUUGUUCUUGUGUAAAAAAUGUAUUGACUAUUUUUCUGGAACGAGAUAUAAUUGGGCUUUAUUACGUAUUUAUUUGUAUGUGUAUGGAUUGUCCCGUCUAUUGAAGGUUUAAACGUUAUUUGAAUAGAUGUUUACUUUGAAUUCAGUGCGGAUAUAUGUGAUGUGACGACUUUAUUUUAUUGCACUAAAAAUCAUGAAUAUCCUUCCGAGUUUCGCGUCAUUUCUUUUAUAUUUAGUGGCACAAUGUCAAGCUUCUGGAACAGACAUUGCGUUGGACGCAAAAGCCACACUACUGCAUCGUAUAGACAGUUUAAAUCUUCUAAUAUACACCUGUCUAUUAACGUUAACUGUGCUGACUAUUUGGGUAUUUAAACACCGCCGUGUAAGCUGGCUUCACGAGACAGGACUUGCUGUUAUUUAUGGUCUUAUCGUGGGAGCAAUAAUUCGCUAUGCAGCUAGUACAAACCAAGUUACCUACAUCAAUGUGCACCCUGCACCGGAAACAAAGUACAAUCUAUCGGUCCCACCAGACAUGCUACGCCUGCACUUCCCUGAUAAAAUGCAGGUGUCUUCGGGAGAUGCUCCAGUACCAAAUAAGACUUAUGCAUAUAGCUUUAGAGGAGAAAUAGUAAAUGUUGAACAGAAUGAGAUAGAUCUGAAGGCAACAUUUGAUCCUGAGAUAUUUUUUAACAUAAUUUUACCACCUAUCAUAUUCCAUGCUGGAUAUUGCUUGAAAAGGAAAUAUUUCUUCCGCAAUCUGGGCGCGAUAUUGACGUUCGCGAUGGUGGGGACAGCACUAUCAGCCCUGGUUAUCGGCUCUCUGAUGUACGGCUGCGUUCAGCUGAUGCCAGCCUCCUUGGCUUCAAGCUUCACCUUUCUAGACACACUGUACUUCGGCGCCCUCAUCUCACCCACCGACCCUCUGACAGUACUCGCCAUCUUCUCACAAUUGAAGGUGGAUGUCAAUCUUUAUGCGAUGAUAUUCGGUGAAAGCGUUCUCAAUGACGCAGUGGCUCUUGUACUCAGCGGAGCCAUACAAAACUAUGAGUUGAGGUAUUCCAAUGAUGGCGGGUUUGAAAUCACGGCGUUCUUGGGAGCUAUCGGAGAUUUUAUUGGGAUCUUCAGCUUGUCGCUACUGGUUGGAGCUCUUAUGGGAUGUUUGACAGCAUUGAUAUCCAAGUUCACUCACGUGCGCGAGUGGCCGCUACUCGAGUCGGCGUUAUUCGUACUCAUGUCAUAUGCUGCCUUCUUGAUUGCUGAAGUCUGCGAGUUGACAGGUGUCGUAGCAGUGCUAUUCUGCGGCAUAUGCCAGGCUCACUACACAUACAACAACUUAUCAUCGGACUCGCGCAAUCGCACCAAGCAACUGUUCGAGCUACUGAACUUUUUGGCGGAGAACUUCAUCUUCACGUACAUCGGCGUCUCUAUGUUCACGUUUCCUAAGCAUCAUUUUGAUCCGUGGUUUAUUAUUGCUGGUUUUAUCACAUCGGUCCUCGGACGCGCUGUCAACAUAUACCCACUAUCGUUCCUGCUCAACCUCGGACGAAAACCGCCCAUUCCUAUGAAUUUCCAGCACAUGUUAUUCUUCUCAGGUCUUCGAGGAGCGAUGUCGUUCGCGCUCGCCAUUCGCAACACGGUGUCAGAGGCGCGGCAAGCCAUGUUGACGACCACGUCUCUGAUUGUGAUAGCCACUGUUGUACUGCAAGGAGGCGCCGCUACGCAUGCGCUCGCUUAUCUUCGUAUACCUACUGGUGAAACGGGCAACGAUGAAAAUGACGCGCUACCAUACCGGGAUGUCAGAAGCCUGUACCAGGCCACGGACUCUGCUGGACCGAGAGGCCGCAUGGUAGUUAAGUGGGCUAAUGGAGCGAAGGAAGUGAUUAUGCCUUGGGAACUAAACGGUAUCGAAGACACGCCCCGUGACCGCGGUGACGGCGGCACUGGACAGAAGGCUCGCCUCGCACGUCUAUGGGGUGCAGUAGACUCCAAACUACUGAAACCACUGCUGACUCACGCGCGCCCGCCUCUGACGGAAACCUUGCCGGCGUUCAUGAGGCCUCUAGCGAGGGUACUCACUACUACGCACCAGUAUACACAGGGGUAUGUUUUGUGUCCACAGGACAGCUCGCUGCGUAGGACCGACUCCGAUUCAGACCUUUGCAUCGAUGAGCAGCAACCAGUUCCUACGAGUAUUGACCCUCAGCUAUCGAUUAACGUUCGGAAUGGAUAUGGGCAUGUUUGAGCUUUGUAGCAUUAGUGAUCCACGGCUGUGAUAUGAAAUUUGCUCUAAUAGCAUAUAAUAGAAAAAUAUGAUUAAUAGGAAAUUCCUUUUUAAUUAUUGCACGCAGCAAUUAUGGCCUGGACUGGUGGACACGAGGAUUUCUGUAGAAGGUAUCACUGGUAGCAAUAUCUAAGUAUUUGUAUUGAGUACUUUGAUAUAACAAAAUUGAAAAUGGGUGCCACAAAUGUUGUAUAAAUAUUAAUCAUUAAAAUUCUUCGCAAAACACAAGAUUUUAACUGUUUAUUCAAUUUUCUAUUCUUAGCUGAGUAUUCAAUACGUAAACCAUUCGAUAUAAAUGCCUUUUGUAUACAUAAGUAAACAGUUAAAAUGUUUGUAAAUGAAUGUUGUUAUGGCCAGUGUGUAAUCGUAAUGUUUACACGAAUUCACUAUUGGAGUUUACAAUAACUUUGUAUUUAAAUGUGAUCGUUAUGAAGAUGUGAAUGUAAGAUCUGAUUAUAAGGUCACGAAUCCAUGGCUGCAAUGCAAGUAAUUAUAAAGUCGUAGGCUCGGGAGUCAUAUACAAAGCACUCCCGGUUUAGAUAAUGCAAUUUAUUUCCUAUAAUCGUAGCAUCUUUAUUUCAUUCUUACUAGAAAGGAUAUUUUCCAUUCGAUUUUAUUGUUUAGUUUGAGUCGUCUGUAAGCUGAAUAAAAUCGCGUGAUCUUGAAAGCACUCUGUCCCUUAAAUGUAUCAAUAGCUUUAUUUAACUGACUUCAAAAAGAGGAGGUUAGUGUAUUUUUCUUCACCAAUGUUUCAUUGUCUAUUCGUGAAAGCUCAACACUCGCUUCACGUGAUGUAAAAUGUCGUCUCACCGUAUGAAACACUUUUAUAUUAAAUAAUCUAGUCUACUAUUAUGUACCUACUUACUUCGUAAUAAAAUUAAUGUCUCGCUUAUUUCAUAGAAUUCGACGAAUAUUUUUGUUGACCAUCAAAUGGGAACUUAUAUUUCAUGUUACUGGGGAAGGGUAAUUAUCUCAUAUUUGAAUUUAUUUUUAGUUUUUGUUUUAUGUCUUUGUCCGUUUUGUAUUAUUAAUGAAAUUAUUUGACAUUAAGAGGUUUCUAAAACCAUAAGGUUAUUUCCUUACUGUUUAGAUUUUCAUAGAAUAGUGAGAGGUACAAGUUACAGUAAAACUUCUUUUGGAUCAUUUUUAAUCACAUUAAUGUAGAUAAUAUUAUGUUGCUGUCCAUGUUCCUAAAUGCUUUGUUUUAUCGCAUAUCAUAAUAUUACAAAGUAUUUAACUAAUUAAUAUGUAACAUUGAUUUGAUCUCAGAUAGUCAGGUGUCAAAAAAUUUCGUAUUUUUCAAAAUUUUAUACUAAAUGUUACAAGUGUCCUCAUCAAUAGUUUUGUGUAAUGUAAAUCUGCUUCGUUUUAAAAACUUAGCAAAUUGAAUUUCUUUAUGUGUAUUAAAAUCUGACCUUUAAA